CAAAAUAGCAACGGCAAAGGCCACCAUUGAGGCAACGAAAACGACAACGACAACGACAACGACAUCGACAACAACAAUGCAAACCGGUUCUGCGCACCGAAACGCGACGCGAAGUUGAACCUACGCCGCAGGCUAGAGAGAGACAGCUACAGUCACAACACUGUGGCGCGAAUGUGUAGAAAAGUGUAACUUGUAACUACAAAUUGCAGUGCAACUGUCUGUGUCAGUGUCCGUGACUUGUGUGCGAGUGUGUGUGUUUGUGUGUGUAACAAUUGCAAGAUCAGCUUCGGCUUCUUGUGACUCUUAGCCAGGCACAGACCAGACCAAACCAAACGAGACCCUUCCUUCUGCUCAACUCAAUAACCAAACUCGUGCACAACUUGUCGUUUCGCAUACGCACCGUUGUCCACCCGUGUAUCGUGUCGCGUUUUCUGUUUUCUGUUUUGACACUCGCGUCGCCAUGGGUGCCAAGGUGUAUACAACUACUAUAACCGCCAGCUGCUCUACAUGAUAAUGGAACUCAAACUCGAACUCGCAGCUAAACCCAAAGCUCAAGCUCGAACUGGAACUAAAACAGUCCCGCUCGAGUGAACAACGGUCGCCAUCAACAGCAACAGCAACAGCAACAUCGCUAUCGCCAUUGCCAUUCUCGCUUCGCGUCGCGUUUGCCCGUGUCGAUGACAAGUUUGUGCCUGCUUUGCGCCCUUAUCUGACCCUGUUGGCAAAAACAUCUCAAAGAUAUAACAACAAAAUAAUACUGUAUAGCAGUAAUACAACUUAGUAGUCAAUGUGCCGCAAUUGCGACACGCUUAAUAAAUGUGUGACCAAGUGCUGAAAACUGUGUAGAAUGUAAAAUAAAAACUGUUUUAAGCAAACGCUUCAUAGCGAUCUAUUGAAAUGGUGCAUAAUUGAAUAUUAAAAUAACAUAGAACUGUGAAAAUCAAAUAGACAAAAAGAUUAUAAAAUAAAUAUAGUGUUAACAAUGCAAGAAGUGUGCAGCACAUUAGACAGCACCCAAAUGGGAGCCCAGAUUAAAUCGGAGUCACCACUGAAUCCGCUGCAGGUGCAAACGGGCCAAACAGCGGUGGCAUCUGUGGUUGCCGGACCGGGGCAACAGCCGCAGGGACCGCCGCCGGCUGUGAUGCUUGUCAACAAAAUGGCACCGAACUGUGAUAAACGAGCGGCGGACACCGCCUACUGGAUGGCCUCCGAGGGGGGUUUCAUAAACUCGCAGCCCUCGAUGGCCGAGUUUCUCAAUCACUUGAGUCCUGAGAGCCCGAAAAUUGGCACACCUGUUGGCGGUGUCGUUGGCGGUGUUGGUGGCGGUGGAGUCGGAGGUGUCGGUGUCGGUGGCGGAUAUCCGGUUGGUGUUGGUGUGCCACAGACGCCGGAUGGGAUGGACUCGGUGCCCGAGUACCCAUGGAUGAAGGAGAAGAAGACAUCGCGCAAGAGCAGCAACAACAACAAUCAGGGUGAUAACUCCAUAACUGAAUUCGUUCCAGAAAAUGGCCUGCCCCGACGUCUGCGCACCGCGUACACAAACACGCAGCUGCUCGAGCUGGAGAAGGAAUUCCAUUUCAAUAAAUAUUUAUGCCGCCCAAGAAGAAUUGAAAUUGCAGCCAGCUUGGAUCUAACCGAGCGACAAGUUAAAGUCUGGUUCCAGAAUCGUCGCAUGAAGCAUAAAAGACAAACGCUCUCCAAGACAGACGACGAGGACAACAAAGACAGUCUCAAAGGUGACGAUGAUCAAUCCGACAGCAACUCGAAUUCGAAGAAAUCGUGUCAAGGUUGCGAGCUGCCCUCCGAUGAUAUACCCGACUCCACGUCCAAUUCCCGAGGACACAACAACAACACGCCCAGCGCCACCAACAAUAAUCCCAGUGCAGGAAGUUUGACUCCGAAUUCAUCGCUGGAAACGGGCAUUUCGUCCAAUUUGCUGGGCAGCACCACCGUAUCCGCCUCGAAUGUCAUCAGCGCUGAUUCCAGCGUUGCGUCCAGCGUCAGCCUUGACGAGGACAUCGACGAGAGUCCCAUCAAGGUCAAGAAAAAGGACGAUAGUCACAAUCAGGUUAUUAAAAAGGAGGCCGUGUCCACCUCGUCGAAGGCCUCGCCGUUUGGCUAUGAUUCAGGCCCCAGUUUGGUGAAUUUCCGCCGCGACUCGGAUGCCGUGGCCUCGAAUCCGCCCGCCUCCAAGGCCGUUGGCAAGAAGCGAUAUCAGAACGCCAAUGCCAAUGUGAUUGCCAUUGCCUCCCCGCUGAGUGAGAGCAACAGUGCCGCUGGUCCGGCUGGUUAUUUUCCUGGUCCUGGCUACUAUGCCAAUCCGAAUGCAAAUCCGAAUCCAAAGGCAUUGCAGCCGCCGCAGCAAAUGCCGCAAGACUAUUACGGCAAAUAUGACAUUGAAUUUGCCGCCUCGCCGCAUCACAUCCCGCACAAGCAGCAGCAACAACAACAGCAGCAGCAGCAACAGCAACAACAGCAGCAGCAACAACCGCUUCACGGCGAAUAUCUAAGUCCGAAACCAAACACCAAUGCUGCCAACACCAACGCUUUCCACCCGAAUAGCCAACAACAGCAACAACACCAGCAUGAGCAGCAAUUCUAUUACAACUACAACGACACCAACGGUGGUAGCGCGUACAUGAACCAUCAACAACACCAACAGCAGCAUCAUCCAGUUGGUGACUUUGAAGCGCCACCUAUCAACGGUCCCGGCAACUUCUAUGAUCCCAAGACACAAACCGGUGGUGCUUAUUACGACAACAUGAAUUUCCAACACCAACACCAGUCGGUUGUGUUUCAACAACAGCAGCAGCAGCAUCAUCAACAACAGCAGACGCCCCUGAAUCACCAACAACACUUGCACCACAUUGGCGCUGGGGAGACGUACAGUGCACUUGGCCUGCAAAUGGAGAACUGUGAUGGCUACAACAACUUCGGCGGCGGUUACUACGAGGCAGGGCCCGGCCAACAACAGCCGCCAGUGCCACCCACUCACACCCAUCCCCAUCAUCCACAUCAUCAUAUGCAGACGCAAGGACAUCCUCAUCUGCAUGGACACCAUAAUACGGUACCAGGAGCUGCUGUUCAAGUUGUGGGUGCUCCGCCAAAUUCCAGUCCACAUGUUCACAUAGCCAACGCCAAUGCAAAUGCCAAUUUCGUGCUGAACGGAGCACCUGGUGGACAGCUGCAGGCGUUUGCCAACACUGGUGGCUCAACGGCUGCCAUCAGCGGAUUGGAGAACUCGAAUAGCUCUUCGGACUUUAAUUUCCUGAGCAAUCUGGCUAAUGACUUUGCCCCCGAGUAUUAUCAGCUAAGUUAGUUCUGGUAGGUGGACGAUGUAGGGCAAUAGAAUAUUUGAGUAUUGAGUAUAGUGUGUAAAUAAACUGCAAUGUCAUCGA